UGGAGGUGGUGUGAAGUUUGACAACGUUUUGUGUUACAAUCACAAAAAAGUUAAUUGCCGUGCGAAGGUACAACUGGUGACCUGUGACCUUUGGUGUCUAAUACAACCAUGAUUUGCUCAAAUUUUACACACACGUGCUUGUCAGUCCCCGAAAGGUGUGUUCCAAAUUUUGUGGUUAUUCGGCGUAACACCCUAAAAGUUACAGGGGGCGCUUUGUAGAGCUGUGUGAGAAAUUUCAAGUCAAUCCGACAUAUGGGGUUCAACAACAGCGCCACUAUGUGUUGUAUUUGUAAGCAAAAUAAUAGAUACUUUAUGUGUCGCCAAGGGCCGCAUGUUGUUUUGUGUGCAAGAGUUGGCUUCCCCAAUUUUUUCGCAUGUGUGUACAUCCACUAGUUGACAGUAACAUUUUUAGCGUGCUUCCACAGCAUGUUGACCUACUGGAGCAGAAAAUUGGCUAAACCAGGCGUGUCCAAAGUGCGGCCUGGACGCCAUUUGCGGACCGCAGCUGUAUUUUUAUUGGCCCGUGGCACGUUCUAAAAAUACAAUUAAACAAGAAGAGGAAAAAACACAGCAACGUUUGGAAUCGGCAAUAAUUUUACAAGACUGAAGUCAAAAUAUGAAGAGAAAAAAGGUGUAAUCUAGAGAGAAAAAGUAAAAAAAAAAAAAAAUAAUAAUUUAAAACAUUUUUUUAAAACUUGUAAUAUUAUUAGAAACAAACAUAGCAAAAAUUUAAGUUUUUGGAAAAUUAGGUUUGGGCAAAAAGUUAAAAUAUGUGAAUAACAUCAUAUUAUUAUGAAAAGAAUAUUUAAGAAGAAAGUGUAAAUGGUGAGCAUUAUUUUUAAAGUCAUCAUAUUUUGAAAAACUAAACAAAAUAAAAGGUUGGGGAAAAAGUUAUAAUAUUAAUAAAAUCUAAAUAUUGUGGGAACGACGUCAUAUUACGAGAAGAAAAUUUACAAGGAGAAAGUUGAAAUAUUUGGAAAAUUAAAAAAAACAGCAGAAAUUGAAUGAAAUCUUAUGAGAAUAAAGUUGAAAUAUUAAGAAAAAAAAAUGUGUGUUCUCCUGAGAAAAAAAGUCACAAUUUCAUGAGAUAAAGUUAUAAUAUUAUGAGGAAAUAUGUUAUUUUCUCAGCAUAUAGUUGAAAUAUAGAAGAAAAAAAGACAUUAUUUUUUAAAAGUUGUAAUAUGAGAAACAAACAAGACAAGAUAAAAUCACAAUUUUUGGAAAAUGAGGUUGGGGCUAAAGUUAUAAUAUGGGAAUAAAGUUAAAAUAUUAUGUGAAUAAUGUAAUAUUACGAGAAGAAAGUUUCCAAAGAUUAUUUACUAGACGAAAAAAAAACAAACAGCAAAAAUGGGGGGAGCAAAGACCACAGUUCAUACUAACAAUAAGCUUUUUCAGCUACAUCACUGACAUCUUCCUCACUUUUAGCAUCAUUGUGUGUGGAAUACGCUGUUUCCGUUUAAUGGGGUGUAACGUUUUGGUCAAAGCACAGGUUUUAGAUGCAGCAAAGUGCGUUUGGUGCACUGUGACCUGUUAUACUUCAGGAAUCACUGAAACGUAACAUCCACCGUUGGGUGUUAUUUAUUUCAUUGUCUUUGUCACAGACUUUUUCAUGUCUCGUGUCCCUCUCGUCAUCCAGCCUGCUUGGUAGCGAGAGAGGAGGGAAACAAACACAUGUCACAAACAUGCACAUGUCACAGUAUUGAAGCCGGCAAAAUUAUCGAGUUCGUUUUUAUUUAUCGUGCGGUUAAUUGAUUUAUUGACUAUCUUGACAGGCCAACUUGCAUCCUUUUUUUUUCAGCAUGUGGCCCUCGGUGGGAAAAGUUUGGACACCCCUGGGCUAAACGUCACCAGUGAAUCUUUAUAAGGUGUGGUUUUGGUAUUCCAAGUGAAUUCUAUAACCUAAGUCGGCCAUCUGUAGAAAGGAAUGCGACCUAAAUGUCAUCAUCAAAUAACUGGGACAUUAACCUGGUGAUAUUUAACCAGUAGCGUCUGGUCGUGGUUGACAGUUGAAACCAGAAUUACUAUUGGCGGUAGUCGCAUCAUGUGAGAUAUGGGGCAUGACAAUGUGCUGACCCGUGAAAGAAUCCUCACCAGCUGCACUCCCUCCUUGGCUGCUCCUGUGACAAGAAUAAAGCCAGCAUUCUGCACAGCGGACUUGGAGAGCUGCAGUGUGGACUCUUAAAAAGCCUCACCUUCCAGGGACCUGCCCGUGAUGCCUUGGAACAAUUCUUUAACAGGCAACCGUGCAAAUUGUGGAUUCAGCCGUGAAGAAAAGCAGAAAAGCUCCAUGGGCUCAAAGACCCUCCUCCCUCCAGGCUUGGCAUCAGUUCAGUGGACUCCAGGACCUUUAAGUCCCAGUGAAUCCCACUUGUGUUUGAUAGGUGAGCAGGUGAUCCAGAACGCUGAGACGAAGCUGUACCAUCGUCGCUGGCUCAUGCUGUUUCUCUUCAGCGCCGUCUCAGCCAGCAACGCCUUCAUGUGGCUGCAGUACGGCAUCAUCAGCAACAUCUUCAUGAAGUUCUACAACAUAGACGCUCUAGCCAUAGAUUGGCUGUCCAUGAUCUACCUGCUCACCUACGUCCCGCUCAUCCUCCCCGUCCUGUGGCUUCUGGACAACAGGGGCAUCCGGGACGUGGUCCUUGCGGGCUCGGCCUUUAACUGCAUUGGCGCUUGGAUUAAAGUCGGUAGCGCUAGUCCGAAUUUGUUUGCGCUCACCUUUUUUGGACAGUUUGUUUGCUCGGUGGCUACGGUGUUCGUGCUCGGUAUUCCGUCGUAUAUCGCCUCCGUGUGGUUCGGGGAGGAGGAGGUCUCCACCGCCUGUUCCAUCGGGGUUCUUGGAAAUCAGUUGGGUAUCGCCAUCGGGUUCCUGGUGCCCCCCAUCCUGGUGCCGAAUGUGGACAACGUGGACGAGCUGGCCCACCACAUCAGCAUCAUGUUCUACAUCACAGCCGGGGUGGCCACUUUCCUCUUCAUCCUCGUUGUCUUUGUCUUCCAGGAGCGGCCUAAACUCCCUCCGACCCAGGCUCAGGCCACCGCCCGGAGCAUCCCACCUGAGCACUACUCCUACACCGCCUCCAUUCUCAGGCUUCUCCGCAACAGGCCCUUCAUCCUCCUGAUCAUCACCUACGGGCUGAACGUGGGCUGUUUCUACGCUGUGGGCACCUUGCUGAACCGCAUGAUCAUCAAGCACUAUCCCGGUGAAGAGGUGAACGCAGGGAGGAUCGGCCUCACCAUCGUUAUCGCCGGCAUGCUGGGCUCCCUCAUCUGUGGGGUGUGGCUGGACAGGACCAAAACGUACAAACAGACCACCGUGGCCGUGUACUUCAUGUCUCUGGUGGGGAUGAUCGUCUACGCCGCUACGCUCAAUCUGGGGCACCUAUGGGUGGUCUUCAUCACUGCUGGAGGUCUUGGGUUCUUCAUGACGGGCUACUUGCCGCUCGGCUUUGAGUAUGCAGUGGAGCUGACCUACCCUGAAUCGGAGGGAACGUCCUCCGGGCUGCUCAACUGUUCAGCACAGGUUUUUGGCAUCAUCUUCACCAUCGCUCAGGGCAAGAUCAUCGACGAUUUCGGCACGCUGCCCGGGAACAUCUUCCUCUGCGUCUUUCUUCUGGUUGGCACCAUCAUGACAGGCUUCAUCAAGUCUGAUUUGCGGAGACAAAAAGCAAACAUGUUGGCCAAAGCAGAAGUAAGUGUGACACAAGCAGGCGAUUUGUUGCGGAUGUGCAGGAGAACUUGUGUGCUGUGUUGUGUCUUCCUGUCAAGGUCGUGUGUGUGUGUGUGUUUGCGUGCGUGUCCCGUGCUUCCCCAGAAAUAACACACCCUGUGGUUAUUUUUGCCGCCUUGUGUUCCUCCUGCAUGCCUGCAAUAUCUUCAUCUCUCUGCAUUUUUGAAAACAGGGCUUCCCAAGCUACAUUUAAGUGUCAUUAAAAACAAUUGACCCAAAUAUAAAACCACCCUGAAUAUGAGACCUCCCCUCUUUUUCAAGACCUGCUUUCUGUUGGAAACUUGACAAGGCAACUGUUGUUUGCUAGCUUGGUCUCAGUGUCACGGCUGCUUCUCUGUAGGUCACUGGUGGGUGGGUGUGUGUGUGACAGGAAGAAAAGCUCUGAAUCCCUUGUGGAGCAGUCGUUUGGCACCACCUGCCGUUAUCCUAUCUCUAGAUCCUUGAUGAUAAGACAACCUUUACAAGGGUAAAAUACCGUCUUAUAUUGGGGUCAAUACGGUAUCAGUAAGGCCCUGUAGUGGUCCACAGACCAGGGGUUGGGAGUCCCUGCUGUGAAAGAAACACAAGUGUGUCGGUUUCAUGUGAAAACUUCCAAAUACUGCUACUCCUAAAUGCUGUCUUUUUGCCUUAACCUUAUUCAUCUGUCCUGUUUGUCUUGUUGUGCAUUUAUUUCCACCUGACAUGUUUCAUACCACAACCUGACCCCAAAUAAAUGCACAACAACAAAAGGUAGUCUACCGUAAAUGCUCCAAUUAUGGCAUCUGCUCACUGAACCACAGAGUCUCAUGUAGUCGCCGGGUGGGUGGCUGACAUAAACAAAUGCCACCAUGUCAAAAUAACAUCGGCUGUGGCUGUGGGCAACCUCCUCGAAGCAUCAUGAGCGAUCCGCUUUAUCUGCCUCUGCGUGCGCUUUAAAAUGUCACAUUUGGCAGCUGUUGGAGUGAACAUCAUGCGUGUUCCACUUGCCGCAGUGUUGUUUACUAUCAAGUCACCAGCGGCAUUCAUGCCAGCUGAGCAGUUUGCUGCGAGCUGUGUUGAGUGGAAAGCCGGACUUGCGUGUUCAGCGAAGGUAGCUCUCUUUUUAAAGCAACUGUGUCGCCAUGGUAACUUAGGCUAAGCUGAUAGCCCGGUCGGGACCAGCUUAAAAUCAGCUAUGAAAGUGCCACUGUUUCACUCUUUCACUCAUUCGGAAAUGGCGUCACCAGUUAUUGAGAACCUGCGAGGUUCCUGAAGGGAGAUGGGGGGGGGAUUUUAAAAAGAGCAUUCCCAGUGGGGUGGAGUUUUUAUAAUAAUCAGCGUUAACUUGCGCAUUCACACCAGCGGCAGCGGUCCUCGCUCGCUGCAGUCAUCGUCUUUUGGGAACUCAUUUUUUGUAAAAUACACUGGCUGGGAAGUAGAAUAACAGGACGUCAAACGCCCCCUUUCAUGUGAACGCGCACGAAGCACAAAGCCGAAAACCGAACGUGGCAAAGUAAGUUGGUGACCGCCGUGGAGGGACCAAUGGAGUCUGACUGCGGAUGUCAGGUUUUGUUGAGUUCCAUCUUGAGCACAAAGCCUGGGUUGGUUGAGCCACUUUCGCCGAGUACGGCAUAAAAACUAAAAAUGAAAAUAAAAAAUGGCUUAAAUAAAAACGUAAAAAAAAAAUUAUAAAAAUGACUUCAGUAAAAACUUCUUUUCAAAAUGUAAAAAAAAAAUUAAUAAAAAUAAAAUGACUUAAAAGUGCAAAAAAUAAUACAUUUAAUCAAAAUAACAAUGAAUACAAAUGCAACUAAUGAAAAUAAUUGUAAAUAAUAACUUGCAUACAAACAAAACAUUAAAAUGACUUAAAAUUAAAAAAAAAAUAACACAAAUGAAUAAAAGUAAAAAUUAAUUAUAAAAAUGACUUAAAAGUGGGUCAUGACUUAAUGACCACUGGAAAAUGUGGGUCCCAAGUUGAGACUGUUUUAGAAGCCCUGGUCUAAGACGGCUAGGGUUUCCUUUCCACUUUCUCAUGCACUCCAAAUGAUAUCUAUUAUUCAUUAUUUUUAUAAUGAAAGUAAAAAAGGUGGUGAAAUGAUGAGAUGCUGUACAUAUAAAUAAAGAUAUAAUGAGAGCAUUUACGGUACGUGCUUUUUAUUAGACAACAUUGACAUCAUUUCCUGUUAAAAGUGCUUGAAUUUGCCAACACCCAAUCACAACAAGAGCUUGCAUUCAUUCAGAAUACUAUCCAAUCACGUGCUGAACCUGCUGGGGUGAAAGGUCAUGCUGGCCCUCCCUUUCUCCAUCACAUGCCAUACUCACACUUCACUCUGGUUUACUAACACGGCCAUCUAACCAGGUGUUGCCAGUAUGAGAAAUGAAAUUGUCCUGGCAGUGUGGACGCUCACCGCGGUGUGAAAUGAAUGACAAGUGAUCAGCGGCUGUUAUUUUAGGAGGAGCCCAAGACGUCGGGACAAGACUACGGCGCCACGGCCUUAAUCCCGGGGCCGCAGACGCCACCUUCACUAUAAACAUUACCACAAAAAAAUUAAUCUAAUCAUAACUCCACCCACAGACGCACAAAGGUAAUAAUAAGCACACACACACACACACACACACACACUAAUCGCUGUGCUUCACCUUUGACCUGCUUCUUCAUCUUCUACUUCUUACUACAAUCAAGAGUUGGACAAUCAAUAAGUGACGCAGUUUAUUCAUUAAAGUCAUUCCCUCAACCUGUGGCAACUUUCCAACGCCGCUGAUGCAACUGACUUUUCCACUGCACUCAUUUCCAAGUGACGUGGCAGCCUGCUGUGGAGUGGAGGGACUCUCUUGUACUUACUCGCUCCUCCACAAGGGGGGGACAUGCACCAGUAUAAGCCUCGACAUACUGUAGUUACUGUACGUAGACGCCGCCAUAUUGGAUGUGUCAAGGCUGCGCUUUGCAUGAAUACAAGUCAAUGUGCUUACUUUCAUAAAGCGCCUUUCUACAAGAAAUUGAAGCUAAUACCGCUGGUUUGUACGUUGUUCUGUAUAGCUGAUGUAAUGUCAAUUACUCCGGUGUGGGAUCAAUGAAGUACUUAUCUUAGCCAUCUGAGAAGUUGUUUUUGGUGCCCAACUGUUUCCCAAGUAUAUUAGUGCGUGUGUCAAUGUACAAACCAGAGGCAUUAGCUUCAAUUUCUCUGAAGAAAGGCGCUUUACGAAAGUACUUGUGGUCAGCCUUGACACAUCCAAUAUGGCGGUGACGUUGACGUACGGCUCAGCGCUCCGUGCGGCGUCUACGUAUAUACAGCAUGUCUAGGAGUAUAACGGCUGGUCUCUUAAUGCUAUUUAUAAAGUACAAUUGUUCUUAGUGUGCACCGAAUACUGUUACGUACAGAUGUCACACACUGCGUCUUUCAAAUCAAAUAUAACAUGUCAGAACUGCAUUAAUCAGCAAAUAAGGCAAAAACGGAUGUUUUCACAAGAAAUAAAAAUUUAUCUUCCAAGUUUUUGGUAUUUUUAUUAAUAGAUUUCUUUGUACACUAAUAAAGGGCAUUUAUAAGAGUAAUAAGUUAUGUCAUUGCAUUUUAGAAAUGUGUUUUUAUACAUUAUAAACUGGAUAAACCACGAUCUUUGUUAGGUGUGUGUACAGUAUUAUAUGAACUGUGAAGGAUAUAUUGAAAUAGUAUAAUAACUUAUAAAUAUUAACAUUAUCAUCGUAUUUAUUACAUUUACUAUGUUUAAUAUUUUUUUUUUUUUACAAAUUAUUUUAUUACAAAUGAUUUAUUAUACAAAUGUUAAUCCCUGAGGAAAAAUGCAUCAAUAUGAAUUAAGCUGAUGAUGUUUCGUGUGGUCCCAAUACUGUUUUGUAAAGACACAUAUAAAUUAUACUAUUUCAUAUAAAUGACCAAUGAAUUGCCAUCAAUCAGCAAAUAAGUUAUACAUUUUCAUGAAUGUUUUUGUAUUUUUUAUUUAUAUAUUUCUUUGUACACUAACAAGGGAAAUUUAUACGAGUAAUAAAUAUAAAUUUAUGUAAAUAUAUCAACUUAACGUUUUGAUUUUUUUUGACAUUAUAAACUUCAUGGUAAAAUAUAAAACAGUAUUUAACUUGUUUGUACUAUAAAGGAUAUAUUGAAGUAGUAUAAUUAUUAUCGAUGUACUUAACAUAGUAUUUAUUACUUUUACUAUAUUUGAUAGUAAAAUCAUUUUUUUAGGAAUUAUUUAUUUUAUUACAAAUGAUUUAUUAUAAAAAUGUUAAUGAUACCUGAGGAAAAAUGUGAGAAUUAAGCAAAUUAUGUCAUUCUUUACUUUACAUAUAUUUUUGCUAAAAAAUUCCUUUUAAAAAUUAAAAAUGAUUAUGCAAAUGUCAUUAACUGAGGGAAAUGUGUGAAAAUGAAUGAAGCGGAUGUAUUUUCUAACUAUUAAUGUGAAAUUAUAGUAAAAAAAAAAAUCAAUUGUACAGAUUUGAACCCCAAAGGGGAGUUUAUAUUCUCAUGAAUUCUAUAAAAAUGGUAAACAUUUAAUAACCAUCAUUUCAUUUUUGUUCAGGCCCUGAAUGAUUUAGAGGGAAAAAAGUGUAUACGUACAUUGAACGUAUCAUACAAAUGAUUAAUCUCUUCAUAUUGUGUUU